UCCCCCGCUAUUCCACGGCCCAAAUGAGGGUACCAAACUCCGGCAUGUAGGCGUUUUCGUACUUGGACGGCUGUUUCACGAUAACGGCUCUUACCUGAAUAUAGAUGCGAAGCUACGUUCGCGUCUGUUAGUGUUGCGGCGGCGGCUGUCAACAGAAGGAAAUUACGGUGACAGUUAAAUAGCUCGCUAGCUAGUUGUUGCUAGCUGCUAAUGUGGUGCUAACGGCUAACUCUCAGUGAUGUUACUGAGACGUUAACACACUUUGUUAACGUAUCCCUCUGAUACCUGUGUGUGGAACAACACAGUAGGUGUUGCAACUUCUACAGUGGCUUGUUAAGUCGGGGGACACAUGGCGGUGAUAUACAAGUUUUAUGUAGUUGUUAAUGUUGACAGUCGAGUGUAGCUUGCUACCUGACAUUUACAGAUACCUGUGUGUUACUGCUAGCCACGUAAACUGCUGCUGCUAGGUGUUGACGUAGCAGGAGAAGCUAACUUGCCUGUCUUGAUAAGAAAGUCCCAGUGAGUGUGAAUGAGAAGUGCCAAGUUAUUGACAGUGUGUCUUAUAUACUUAAUCAUUUUGAAGACCGUAUUCCACGGAGAAUAUGAACAAUUGUGAUUCAAAAUGCGAUAGCUGGACGUGAACGUGUGGCUCGUUGGUUUUCUGGUCCUGUUGGAUUGAGCGGAUGAUGAAGCGAGUCAUCUGGCUGAUAUCAGGAAUAAACAGAAGAAUGAUGAAGCUGCUUUUCGCCCUCGCUUUGAUCGCCUACAUUGCCUCUGUCUGGGGAACCUACACAAACAUGAGAUCGAUACAAGAACAUGGAGAGAUGAAGAUCGAGCAGAGAAUUGACGAAGCUGUUGCUCCUCUCAGAGAGAAGAUUCGUGAUCUGGAACAAAGCUUUUCACAGAAAUAUCCACCUGUGAAAUUCCUGUCAGAAAAGGAUCGGAAGAGAAUUUUGAUAACUGGUGGAGCUGGUUUUGUAGGUUCCCACCUGACUGACAAACUGAUGAUGGACGGUCAUGAGGUGACUGUGGUGGACAACUUCUUCACAGGAAGAAAAAGGAAUGUGGAGCACUGGAUCGGCCACGAAAACUUUGAGCUCAUUAAUCACGAUGUGGUGGAGCCUCUCUACAUUGAGGUGGACCAGAUCUAUCACCUGGCAUCUCCAGCCUCUCCUCCCAACUACAUGUACAACCCCAUCAAAACACUCAAGACCAACACAAUAGGCACUCUCAACAUGCUCGGUCUCGCCAAACGUGUGGGCGCCAGACUUCUCUUGGCUUCUACAUCUGAGGUGUAUGGAGACCCAGAGGUCCACCCACAAAAUGAGGAGUACUGGGGGCACGUGAAUCCGAUUGGUCCUCGAGCUUGCUACGAUGAAGGGAAGCGAGUUGCAGAGACCAUGUGUUACGCCUACAUGAAGCAGGAAGGAGUCGAAGUGAGGGUGGCCAGAAUCUUCAACACAUUUGGCUCCAGGAUGCACAUGAACGAUGGACGUGUUGUCAGUAACUUCAUCCUGCAGGCACUCCAAGGAGAACCUCUCACUGUGUACGGCACUGGUUCCCAAACAAGAGCCUUUCAGUAUGUGAGUGAUCUGGUGAACGGCCUGGUGUUGUUGAUGAACAGUAACAUCAGCACUCCGGUCAAUCUGGGAAACCCUGAGGAGCACACCAUAUUGGAGUUUGCUCGUCUCAUCAAAAGUCUCGUCGUGAGCAGGAGUCAGAUCCAAUUCCUCCCAGAGGCUCAGGACGACCCACAGAGGAGAAGACCUGACAUCAGAAAAGCCAAGAUGAUGCUGGGCUGGGAGCCAGUGGUUCCUCUGGAGGAAGGCUUGAAUAAAACCAUCCAGUACUUCAGCAGAGAACUGGAGCACCAGGCAAACAACCAGUACAUCCCUAAACCUAAAGCUGCCCGCAUGAAGAAAGGAAGACCCAGACACAACUGAGGUCAGGCAGACUCUCCACAAACACAGAGGGAACUUUAAAGACUUCUGAGGGGAGCAACCGUCUGAAAAACACUGUUAAGUAAAGCACUCUGGGAUAUCUUGUCCUCUUUUUUUAAAAGCAGAGACAACUUAAAAGAGAUGAUGUUGUUGCCUUGUUGGAGUCACAGCUGCUCUCUGGAAAAAGGGCUUCAGUGUCUGAGCUUUCCUGUUGGAUGGACAAGACUGAAUGAAAAACAGCCCAGCCUAUGUUUUUUGUGAAUUUUUUGCUUUUGCUAUUUAAAUCGCGAACGAAGAAUCAUGCAGACAGCUUGUGCUGUGAAUCAGUGCAUUUUGUUUGUUUUAUGCCAUUUUGUCUCCAGAGAUGAGCUACCUGGAUUUGUUUUGUUUUUUUCCACUGGAUGUUGUGUGCUCUUAUCAGCGGUGUGCCAGCACCCUGCUGGCUGCUCAUGCAGCUCACUGCAGGACUGGAAAAAAACUCCUCUAGAAGGACUGUUACAGAAUCAUCAUAUGUUUAUCAGGACAUCAUGAUGAGUUCCUCCUUGCCAGAUCUCAUGUCAGGAUUUGCAUUAUCAAUCUCAGAUGAUGCUAUUUUGAUAAAACAUUUCCAAAAUUUUGUGAAUGAUCUAGUGUGGAAGGAAAAUGGGU